AUGGCAUCUCCAGCUACUGGGUUUGAAGCACAAGCAAGUGCCCUCUUGGAGAAAACGGACAUCAUCGCCUCAACACCGCAUGCUCUAGUUGACUUGGUGAAUCCAUUUGCCUUAAAGGAUGGUGAACCAACUGCUGUGCAGAGCGUCAUCAGUUUGCUUCAGAACCAACUCCAAGCCGAGGCAAACCGUGGCUGGGAACUUGCUUGCCUUCCUCGGCCCUGGAAGAGGUCGGAAAGCGAAGAAGAUGGCCCCAUAGAAGCCGGACCUAAACAUGCUUUCCCUCAGAUCACCGUCCCGAAUCCUGUACGAAAAGGAGCCAGGGCAAUUUUCCCCGAGAUCUACCUCUCUGUAUACGCGAAUCAAGACUUGGAGACGGUCCCUCCGACGUCGGACAUUGCGUCGUCUCUGUUGAGAGAAGCACUCGUGGAUACAAUCAACAUCCUCGACUUCAACCGCAUCGCUACUGCCAAGUUUUUGAUAGAUGUGGAUUGUUAUUUCACACCAUACACUUUUGUGAAGCGUGCUACGCCAUUUGACAGGCUGCGCGAUCUCCCUGGGGAUCGCCCUACAUGGAAGCCUGAGGAUGUGGCUGUCGACGCCGUCUUCUCCCAGCUAUUCCAGCUUCCUUCCCCAGAACAUAAGCUUGUUUAUUAUCACUCAGUCCUCACAGAAUGUUGCAAGAUUGCGCCCGCUGCAAUUGCCCCCAGUUUAGGUAGGGCUAUUCGUUUCCUGUAUCGAAGCCUUGACACAAUUGAUUUGGAGCUCAUGCACCGAUUCUUGGAUUGGUUCGCUCAUCACCUGAGCAACUUUGGAUUCACGUGGAAAUGGAGCGAAUGGAUUGAGGACCUCGAGCUCCCGCUUGUCCACCCAAGAAUGGCGUUCAUUACGGGCGCCAUUGACAAAGAAAUUCGAUUGAGCUUUGCUCAACGCAUCAGAGGAACUCUGCCAGAUCCAUACCAGGAAUUGAUAACCGAAGGAAAGGAGAAGGAUACUCCUGAUUUCAAAUACUCCUCAGAUAGUGAGUCUUACCUCAUAUGUUGUCCUCGUUCUGCCUACUCGAAAGGGCUAACUAAAAUCCUUAUUCCUACAGCUACUCCUUACGCCAAAGAAGGCAGAGAAAUCAUGCAACUCAUUCGUAGAAAAGCGGGCGAUGAGGAGAUUCAGCCACUGAUCACCGCCAUCGAGGAGCAAGCGAAGGCCCUAGGAGUCGACGACCCUAUGCUGCCCUCUACCGAUGCCUUUGUCACGUCUAUCUGCUUCGUUGGCUCUAAGUCUCUUUCUCACGUCCUGUCAUGCAUUGAGCGGAACAAGGAAAGACUGUUGGCAAUUGGGCCCAAAUCAGCUCGUGCCCGUUGUCAGAUCAUCACCUCAGUGAUGGAGUACUGGGUGGAUCAACCAGGCGUCGCGAUCAAUAUCAUCGACAAGCUGUUGAACUACACGAUUCUGACACCCUUAUCUGUCAUCGAAUGGGCCCUGGUGGAGAGGUUGCAAGCAGGAACAAUUCUUAGCAGAACACAUAUCUUUGAGAUGAUAUCUGCUACGGUUGGCAAGGUCACCAACCGUCUGCGGCAGAUUGUGGCUGCCCGCACCCAGCCCGGUCUCUAUGAACCUCAAUUGAGUGUCUUGGACGAGACCCUGAGCCGCGAAAAGGCCGAUAUGCAGGCUCUGUUCAGGGUAAUCGAAGACUCUGUUGUGUCGGUCGCUGGCGGUAGUAACGACGGACUGAUGGAGAGAGGGGAUGGAAGUGGUAACUUGCCAGAGGACGAAAUCAUCCGUCAGUGGGGCCGCCGAUGGCUCAGGGUAUUCCGACGCAAGGCUGGCGUGGAAGAAUCAUUCAUCACCGAGGCCAUGGCUGAUGCCACACCGGUCGGGACGGUGGCCCCUGCGCCCCAGCCGACUGCCUCUGAGACUGGGGGGGUUGUGAAUGAUGCAGCAGAUGGAGACAUGGACAUUGCUGGCGCAGAUGAAGCCGUCAAGAUUUCGUAG